UGACACGUUAUAGAACCUGCAUCAUUACCCUGUGAGACUCAUCUAGGAUAGAGCAGGGUGGAAAUACCAGAGGUCUUCUCCGCAGCGCUAUGAACCGUAAAAUUCUGCCGCGGUUGUAAAAAGGAUCACUGCCGGGAAACACGGAUCGGCCACUAAGUUGUGGAUAGUGUUUAGCUUCUAAUAGGCUGGCAUGAUCCUGAGUAAAGCAUUGCCACAGAUCUGCCUGACUGUGGGGGAGCCCAUUAUUCUGAGCACUGCAGAUGGUGCCAUUAUGGAAGGUUAUAGACUCGCACUUCAGAAAAGGAGCCGAAACGAAAGUGGACAGCUAUGGGGCUUUAGUAACAAGGGCUCAAUCUUUCCCAAGACUAAUCCCGAGUUUGUUCUGACCCACCUAGAGGAAUUAAACCUAACUGAGAAGACAUCGAAAGCAGGGGGUCAUAGUCCUCUGUACAAUAUCCCAUCUCCUUUUCACCUGGAUAGUGACACAGCUGCUUCCACAGAGCAGCUUUCACAAGCGCCGGAUGCCCAGCCACUGCCCGCAGGGGGCCCAGGGGAAGCGAGGCAGCUGACAGUGGCGUUGGUGAGGAAUCUAGAAGAGAAACAUCCCAAGGCCUCAGCUCAAAGAUGGGCAAUAAAACAUGAAGGUUUAUCUAAACCCAGCCAAUGGAAAAAGUCGAAAGUGAAAAACCCUUUGUGGAACAAGUUGACUUAUUUGUGGCCAGUUCUGCCAAAUGGAAAAAUUAAUGAGAAAUUUGAUUGGCCCAUUCAAGGAUCACUCAUAGCAAACAGUCCACCUCUGCAGAGACCUGCCUUCAGUCAUCCGGACAGCCACACCCCUGUGAAGCUUAAGGUUCUGAGGAAUGGGGAUUAUGACCUAAAAGGAGCCUGCGUCAUUGUGGGACCAAAUCUAACCAAUAUGCUCAAGAAACAGUGUACACAGAUAAUGAACUUACCUUCCGCAGCCCGCAGGCUAUUUAAUGAAAACGGCGCUGAGAUUUUUCGUCUGGGAGACGUUAAAAGAAAUCAGCUGGUCUAUGUGUCCUGCGGGGAGCUUUGGAUUGAUCCUCAGUUGUCAGCGACUGAGCAAAAGAGGCAGAUUCUGCUGAGCAAUCUCACUUCUGAUGUUUCCUUUAUUCGCAGCUACUGUUGCUUGAGAAGCCCAGAAAAUCUGGCCCUGGAGGUAAAUGGUGACAUUGUCGCUGGAGCAAGGCUGUCAGUGAAUUAUUGUGCUGUUCAGGCAACCAGCGAAGAAGAAGAAGAUGUUGUCGUCCAAGAGAUUCAGGAGGAGCAAAUCAUUGUGCAGGAGAGUGAUCUGGAAGAGUUUGAGAGUCCCCACAGGAGAGCUCACAGACGAAUCGAUGCCCUAUGUACGAAUGUUAAAUAUCCCUGGCAACAAAUACCUCCGGACACUGAGGAACCCAGUGAUGAAGAGCCAGAACAGGAUCACGUCCAGGAAGAAAAAAAUUACUUUAGAACCUCUAGAAGAUGGUUGAAAAUUCACCAGCAACAGUUUGAAUAUGUAGAUGGACAGAUUGUUAAUUCUGCUCUCCCCAGUCUUGUAUUGGGGGUGACAGAGUUUCAUGCAGGAGCCGAUGUUCUGCUUGUUAAUCGGGACCCUGAUGACCUCAGUCAGCGCUGGAAGUACCAGGAGGAAAACAGAACAUUCCAUUUAGCUAGUAACACCGACCUUGUACUGGCCCUCUCAUUGCCAAAAGUAUACCCCGGGGUUAAGCAGAGAGAUAUAGGAUUCAUAGGAUGCCCCAUUAUUCUUCAGAAAUAUGAAGAUCACAUCAAUGGAGCAGCCAAUCAGAAAUGGUCUUAUGACGAAAAUAAAAAAGUGCUGACAGCAUUUUAUAGUGACCAGAUGGAUAAAGAUAUUACAGCAGCCAUUCACUCCUCAAUCUGCACUUAUACCAUUACCAAUACGGAGGAGAUAAGUCAACCGGGCUAUCUUCUAAUCUCACCCAACGACAAUGAGGAAUGGGUGACUUGUGUGUCCUGUGCAAGAACCUUGAGACCAAAUAGACAGAUGAAGAGAAUCCAAGAGGGUACAUUGUUCUCUUGUGCCUCAGGACUAAAAGACUCCAAGCUAAGCCCUUUAGGACCCUUUAACUGUCUUCAUGUCACAAAGACGGAUCUAUCCCGUUCUGAAGCGGAAAGUACUCUGGGCUACUUGACAGAGGUGUUGUCUGCUAUGAGAUCCCAGCAACAAACCCUCAACAUUGCACAGGAUAUUUCAUCUGGUAAAUAUCACAGAGCUAUAAAAGUGAAGGCCUAUAAAAAUGGUGGUGGAUUCAGAAAUGGAAUGGUCAUCAUUGCUGGAACAUUUCCAGAGCUACUAGACGUCUGUACCAAAGAGCUGGACCUCCCCAGACCCGCCUGCAGAAUGUACAUGGCAGAUGGUACCGUCAGACUGGAACUGUCGAGUUUGGUCACAUGGGCUGUGAAAGACUUCUUUAAGCAAAGCAAGGAGCAAAUUGGGGAUGAGGAGGAGCAAACUGACAACCAGAAUAAUCUUGAAACUGUCAAUACUACAGUAACACAGAUGGAUCCUGAAGAGGUGACAGUGGAUGAGUAUUUGCUGUCCUAUAUCCUGCGACAUCCUAUUGAAGUUUGGGUGUCCUGUGGAGAACCCUUCAUAUCACCGGAUGCUGUCCAGCGAUCAGAAAAACAAGAGAAAAGACAUUGGUUGCAGAAGAAGAAGAUUGUGACUGGCCGCAGCUUGAUGAGACACAAAAUGAGACACUUACAAGCUCGACGGGUUAAUUCUCUUGCUCCUUCCACCCUGGUGCCCACCGCCGAUCCCGUCCAGCCUGUGUCUGUAGAAGGUGGCUGGACUGAAGUCACUGAUGAGGAGCUGAGGCUGAAGGAAGAACUUGAGAAUGUGGAGAUGCAGCUCUCUGGUAGUCAGGCUCCCCGUGUGAAGGUGCAUCCUGCAGUAGCAAACAGUGAAACAUCCCUCUACACCUUUCCCACCAUGAAACGAGUCCUGGCUUACAGGAAUGGGGGCAAUUCAGAGCAAGCUGUAUAUGCUUGGGGCAAAUCUAUGGAAGAGUUACUGGAGGACUGCACUUUAAAGCUGAGUAUGCAGCAUCUGCCAGCAGCAGUACUGUAUAAUUGGAAUGGUGAAUUGGUGACAUCUUUGGAUGACAUCACGAAGGACAUGAUCCUGUGUGUAUCCGCUGGAGAGCCAUUUCUAACCAAAAAAAGCAGCAGAGACAAAAUAAAUGUCCGAGCCAACUAUGCAAGAAUCAGGAAGCAGUAUGGUCCUGGGGCUACAGAAGUCAUCAUUUCAACACCCAAAGUCUUCAUACCAGUACCAAACAACAUUUAAUAAGGUGAAAGAAACGUAUAUAACAGUAGCUUAGAACAUCAAGAAAAAUGUGUUCUCUUCCAUCAGAAGACUUUGAUGGCAAUAAAGUAGGGAGGCUUCUAGACCUUCU